AUGACAAAAAUAAAUUCAUCAGACCUCAAAAGGUUUGACUGGCCAUAUUUUAGGAAAUUCCGCUUAAUCACAUCACUUGAGGUUAAUGAAGAUGUUCUUACUGCCCGGGUUCGGACAACUGGUGUUACACAAAUCCAGUUCAGCCCAGUUGGAGAGAACCAAAAAGGUGAAGCAUAUCGACUUUUUGAUGUCGGAGGUCAGAGAAAUGAGAGAAGAAAGUGGAUUCAUCUAUUCGAGGGUGUUACUGCUGUGAUAUUUUGUGCAGCUAUAAGCGAGUAUGAUCAAACACUUUUCGAGGAUGAUAACAAAAAUCGACUGAUGGAGACGAAGGAACUUUUCGAAUGGGUCCUGAAGCAACCAUGCUUCAAGAAAACUUCUUUCAUACUAUUUCUCAACAAAUUUGAUUUAUUUGAGAAGAAGGUUCUCAAAGUACCGCUGAAUGUUUGUGAGUGGUUCAAGGAUUACCAACCAGUUUCAACAGAAAAACAAGAAAUUGAGCAUGCUUAUGAGUUUGUGAAGAAGAAAUUCGAGGAGUUACAUAUUCAGAGCGCUACCCCUGACUGUUCUGACCGAGUCUUGAAGAUCUAUAGGACCACUGCCCUUGAUCAGAAUCUUGUAAAGGAAACAUUUAAACUGGUAGACCAAACUUUGAGGAGGAAAAAUUGUUUUGAAACGGGUUUAUUAUGAUACCAAUCCAAUGAAACUUUAUAGCAAAGAAACAUCAUUUAUUGUAGGCUUGCUCAAGAUUGGACCUUACUCAUUAGGCACCAGUGUUUGUAUCUACUCUAUUGAUAUUGUUAGCUUGAAAUCCGCCCAGGAAAUCUUUUCUGACGAUGUAUCAAGUAUCUGAAGACAAUAUAACUUUCACCCAAUGUUUUAUGUAAUUCUUGUGAAUGAUUUGAAAAAAUAUAUAUAUUUAAUCUUAAUUAUUUUGCAGCA